CUCAGAGCGUAUCCGGUUUGUUAUUCCGUGUGGACGUGCAUGAUGAUUUUGUGAUUAGACACAGGAAAGGUGUUCAGUAAGACAUGGAUCUGAGCAUGAAGUCAUACAAUGACCCAGAGGAUGGGGGUGUUUUUCCAUCGGCUGGGCGUAGCACUGGAGAACAUGAGUCUGAUAAAGGGGAGAUGGAGGGAGGGUUUCAUCGACACCCAUCAGAUCCUUCAUUUGAACUGGAGGACCACACAAGGAAACAGUGUUCUGCCAAAGCGAGGCCUUAUCAGUGCUCUCAAUGUGGGAAGACUUUCUCUCGCAUCCAACAUCUAUCCGAACACGUGCGGAUUCACACAGGCGAGAGACCUUUCGAAUGCUUGACUUGUGGAAAGUCUUUCACCCGGGAGAGAGACCUCAAGACUCAUCAGAUCGUCCAUGCGGAUGCCAAAGCCUUUCACUGCACCAUCUGUGUUAAAAACUUCGCCCUCUUAUCUUCUUUGAGAAGACAUGUGCGUGCUUUUCAUCAAGGUCAAGACCUCAGUACAGAGGGAAAAUGUUUAAUCUGCGUCGAAUGCGGUAAAAAUUUUGCGUGCCAAUUGGAGGAACAUGAGCUGACUCACACAGGAGAGAUUUCUCAUCGCUGCCCGGACUGUGUCAACAGUUAUGCUCAUCUGUCAACGCUUGAAUCUCCUGAGCACACAUUUGCUGAAUCGGACGACUUGAACCAUUCGGAUGAUCUUAACGUUGAGAGGCCUUGCAGUUCUGCGGCCUCAGAAGAUCUACAACACAAACAAGAGCAAACUGAGACGACUGGGGACGAUAGCGAAUCACCUUCUCCAGACCCUGUAGACAACACUACCAGCGAUGAUGUGAAUUGUCAAAACAAAGCCCAGUGUCAAGAAGCAAUGGUCGAGGGAUCUCCAUCUCCAUGUGCGGUGACUGAGGAUUUUCCUAUCUCUGUUGAUAAAGGUAUCGAAGCAACGCGCCCUGUUCAAGAGGAAGAUCUUACAGCUCAGCAGCAGGUUGACGAUGAAGAUAAACCACACCAGUGCAUUCACUGUGGAAAGAGAUUUCACAAACAAGCAAAGCUUCGUAUCCAUUUGCGUGUUCACACCGGAGAGAAGCCCUACCAUUGCUCCCAGUGUGGAAAACAUUUCAGUCAAGCAGUAAACCUUAAGAAACAUCACGUUACACAUCAUACGGAGGAGAGACCGUACCGCUGCGCGCUCUGUGACAGGACGUUUUCUCUCUCGUUCUCUCUGAUAAAGCAUCAACGUGUCGCUCAUCCAGAGCAUUUGAGCGUUGCCGAACGCAACCGCUUUACCUGUCCAUACUGUGGAAAAAUAUUUGGACGGCAUCAAGACAUGGAGCAACACAAGCGGAUUCACACAGGAGAGAGACCGUUCCGCUGCACCGUGUGCAACAAAAGCUUCAGACAACGUUCAGUUUUAAUCGUGCAUAGGAAAAUUCACACCGGAGAGAAGCCUUUUGAAUGCUUUGUGUGCUUCAGACGGUUUUACGGUUCGGGUGAUCUGAAGACGCACAUGGGAACUCAUACAGGCGUGAGACCACACAGUUGUCCCUUGUGCUCCAAAAGUUUCCCUCGUCCGAGUAGCUUGCAGGCGCACAUGCAGUCUCAUCUGAACAAGCUUCGGGAAGAUGAUGAUGUGAGCGGGGCUGAUGGGUUUCAUCUUGAGGAUGAGGAGGAUCGGGGUGAACUGGAUGAUGGUGGACCUGCUUCAUCAGCGAUGCUUUCUGAAAGCCCUGGAGCUUCUGAAGACAAAGAGCCGUCCAGUGAUCAAUCACACCCUUCAGAGACUGAAAGCACAUUCACACAGUCGUUGAAUCUCAAUGAUGAAGACCACAACGCUGAUCAGAGUUCCAGUUCAGAAACGACAGGUCGUCAGAAGCCAUACUACUGUUCCAUAUGCAACAAAACCUUCUCUCUCUUGAUAUCCCUGAAAAAACAUCAACUCAUAUUUCAUCCAGAUCAGCAUGCCGACACAGAAGGCAAGUGUUUUUCCUGCUCUUACUGCGGGAGGCGGUUUGGUCGUCGUCAGGGUUUGUUACAACAUGAGAGAAUUCACACAGGUGAAAGGCCUUACAACUGCCCCACCUGUAACAAAACCUUCCGCCAGCGAUCGGCUCUGGUUGUACAUAUUAAGACUCACACAGGAGAGAGGUCUUUUUUGUGCUUCGUGUGCAGUAAAAGCUUUUAUACCCCCGGAGACCUGAAGAAACAUCUGGAAAUUCACACUGGAGUGAGGCCGCACAACUGCCCUGUAUGCUUUAAGGGCUUCGGCCGUCCCAGUUUCCUGCGUGCUCACAUGCGAACCCAUGAAAAAGGCUCCGCUAAGAAACCGAGUAAAAAGCUGGAAUCAACAGACAGUCAGAGAGUUGACUUUCAAGAGAAGCCGUUUGAAUGCGCUCAUUGUGGAAAGAGAUUCAGUCAGCAUUGUAUGUUUAAAAUCCACCAGCGAAUACACACAGGAGAGAGACCUUACAAGUGCUCUCAGUGCGGUUUGAGUUUUCGCUGGAGGAGAAACCUGUUAGCCCACCAAAGUGGACAUCCAGGUGACAACCCCAUCCAGUGUUCAAUGUGUGAUGAAACAUUCAUCUCUGAAGCGAGUCUGAAGAAGCAUCAAGAUGCUUUCCAUUCAGGGGUCUCUCACACCUGCAGUCAGUGUUUGAAGACAUUUACUCAAGCAGCAGGCCUCCGGAAACACGUACGCUACGUUCACGAAGGAGAGAGACCUCACAAAUGCUCCGAGUGCAACCGAGGAUUCGUCAAACUGUCGGAUCUCACGCGUCAUCAGCGCCGCCAUCAUUACGACCGGGGCGACGAACUCUUUCAAUGCUCACAAUGUGAGCGAAGCUUCAGUCACCCCAGCAGUCUGGUUCUCCAUCGCAGGACUCACACGGAGGAAAAGCACGAGUGCCCCGUUUGUAACAAGAUCUUCAGUCAGGGGGGACAUCUCAAGGUCCACCUGCGUACUCACACCAAAGAGAACAAACCCAGGUUCGAGUGCCCCGAAUGCGGGAAGAGCUUCGGCCAAGCUAAAGAUCUGGCAGUUCAUCAGCGGGUUCACACCGGAGAGAAACCCUACCAGUGCCCACAGUGCAAGAAGAGUUACAGACAGUUUGCACAUCUGUCCGUGCAUCUGAGAAGCCACACGGGAGAGAAGCCUUACCAGUGCCCCAUAUGUCUGAAGUUCUUCGCACAUUCGUCAUCAAUGAAAAAACACCUGCGUGUGAUGCAUGCAGAGGGGAAGGAUUUAUCCAUAUCAAAAGGAGUUGUGAAGGUCACUGUUGGUGUCGAUGGCUCAUCCAGCACGGCCGUUAAAGUUAAACAGGAACCGGACUCUGGUGAGGAAUAUGGUAAGUAUUGUUUACAUUAUUUUAAAGAGCAGGGCCCGUAUUCUUAAAGCUUCUAAGAAUCCUCUAAGAAAACUCUUAAUUUAUCUUAAAAACUUCUACGUAGGAGUCUUAGCGUAAAAGUGAUUCAGGAUCAAUCUGAGAGCAACUCUGAGCAAGGAAAAGACAAAAACUUUUAUCUUAGUGAGGAGGCGGGGCUGACCCCGUUGCUAUGUCUUUUGAAGACUGUGAUUGGUUGGUUGGCCAAGAAGGAAGAAGAGCGCUUUUAAGUAUAGGGUCAUUAGUUUGAAAUUGCACGUCAUUUUUUUCUGUUUUACCGUACUCACUCACGCACACACACAGACACACACAUAUAUUCUUUAUUUUUUUAUUUACCAUGCUGUUAAUGUCAACGUAUUUGAUAGAAAAUGAACAGUGACACAAUAAGUCUCUGUAAGUGCUGUAACUGUUUGUGUGAUCACUAUAGAAGAUUGUGACAGAACCAAAUCAUCUCUGCUGCAGAGCUGCAUUUCUCCAGUUGCUAAAUAUGUUCAUGUAGUGAUUUCUUCUAUUUCUGGCGCAAUGGCAUUUCUGCGCUGUUUUGGAGAUGUUAGCGUGUCUCUAAUAGGAUCGGUCACAAACAUCUAAUGUGUUGUGUCUUAUUAACUCACUGUCAUUCAAUUCAAUGUCAUUUUAUUUUAUAGCGCUUUUACAAUUUGCAUUGCAUCAAAGCAGCUAUAGAAGAAAACCAAAACCAAGAUAAUCAAAAGUUGAACACACACACACACACAAAAUCUGAUAAACCUUAAAAGUAAUGUGGAAAUUGUAAUGCAUUGCAACACAUUUCUUCUCACUUUUCGUGUUUCGUCCAUUUUCUCUGCUGCUAAAGAAGCUCUUAAGUCUCUUAAAAGUCCUCCUCGCUACUCCUAAAAUUUUGGACCUUAAGAGCUCUUUUAAGGGUUAAGAUGCUUUAUGAAUUACUUUCUUCUUUACUGGGGUCUUUUCUGUAAUUCUAAGGGGAAACACCCACAUUUCUAAGAAUUUUCUUAGAAUUUUGUGACUAGGAGCAACUCUUUGCGAUAAGAUUUUUCAUGAAUAUGGGCCCAGAUGUUCAAAAAUAAUUGAAAGGUGUCUUUUUUACAUCUUGAAUAGGUGAAGGAGAUUAGCCAGCAGCUUCUCCUUCAAAACCGAUGAAGGGUUCAGCUUGAAAUGUUUCAUCAUUGAGCUCAUGCACAAACUUCAGCUUAUGCCAAGAAAUGUGUUUUUAAUCUAAUAAAUGCUAUUAUUGUUCUAGGUCUGAAAGUAUUAGAUUUUUCAACUUGGUGAUCUAAUCACACACCUAUACUAAAGUAUGGAAACUAUGUGCUGCAGAUUUGUUUGGGUUUGGAUGCUACAUAGAGACACAAUGAAAAGUAUUUAAUGUGAUAUAAACAGUAUGAUCAAACACUUUACUCCAAAACAGCUUUCCUAUAUUUUCUAUUGGAAAUAAAUACUGGAAUCAUGUUUUUACACACAGAAAAUACAAUGUGUACCUGUAUACUGUCGUUGUUGUUUUCCUGGUUGUGCAAGCACAAAGAGUAAAUUCAUUCCCCUUCAGAGGCACAGAUAUUUGUUUUUCAAUUGUCUGUUUUCUGGAACUAUUCAGAUGUAGCUUAAUAUAUAUAUUUUUCCUUUUUUAAUUGCAUUAUCGGUUGUCAAUUACCACAAAAACUGAUUAGAACUGAACUCUAUAAAUGGCAAAAACAUUUACAGUACAGUCUGUUAACUGUAAGUUUUACAUGAAAUACUUCAUUCUUCUGUAACCAAAAAACUAAAAGGUGUAUUCAUAAUGUAUAACAACCUUCCAAAAAUAUAACAAAUAAUGUAUAUUUAAAUGUUGGUAUUUAUAUUUCUUUUCAUUAACUUAAAUGUUAUGAUCAUCACAAACUGUCUAAUAAAACAUUAAACAUAA